AUGGCUCCGACCGUGGACAUCUUCGCCAGAGACGACGGCUGCGGAUAUGGAUAUUUCUUUGAUGGACGUAUAUGUCGCCGCAAGAGCGGCUGGUAUUUUUGGGGACGAUGGGUGCUCGCUGGUAUUGCCAUCAUCUUGGCCUUGAUUCUCUUGUUCAGCUGCUUGUGCAUCACACGACGAAACCGUAGACGCGGUGUGCAGCCCAUUUACGGGACUGGCUGGUUCAGUGGCGCUCCUCAAGGCCAGCCUGCUGGAAACAGCGGAAAUAAUAAAUACAAUAACGCCCACGAGAUGAACAACUACCAGCAGGCUGGAUACAACCAAGGUGGCUAUCAGCAGCCUGCCUACGGCGAGGGAUACGGAGGCUACACUAGCCCUCCGCCGUAUGGUCAGCAACCUGUGGGCAACCAGACAACGGGCACCACAUUCAAUGCCAAUGACGGAUACAACACCGGCCAUCAAUACGGUGUCCAGCAACCUCAGAGUGCUUACCACCCUAGUGGUGAAUAUCAACCUCCUGCGGGACCGCCUCCAGGAAAAUAA